CCACCAAAUAACUUCUACUUCGCUUGCUUCAUUAUCUCCUUCAUAUUGUAGUUUUCCGAUUCAGUAAAACCCACUCACACACCUUAAUCAGUUUCUUCUCGUUACAGCUUCAUGGAGACGCCAAAACUCACUCACGUGGUUCUCGUUUCAAGUCCAGGUCUGGGCCAUCUCAUCCCUGUCAUUGAGCUUGCCAAGCGCUUUGUCCUUCUCCACAACUUCAAAGUCACAGUUAUCGCCGUCACUUCCCAAACUUCACCAGCCGAAUCGCAGAUCCUCAACUCACUCCUCACACCAUCUCUCUGCCACCUCAUUGAUAUUCCUUCACCAGACAUCAAUGCCCUCGUUGCCCCAAACGAUGCCGUGGUCACUCGCCUCUGCGUCGUGAUGAGCGAAGCCAAACUCGCCAUCCGGUCAAUUCUUUCCGAAAUUAUCCCUCGCCCUUCCGCAGUCAUCGUUGAUGUUUUCAGCACCGAGACCAUACCCAUAGCAAGAGAACUCGAUAUUCACGGCUACGUCUACAUUGCUUCACACGCUUGGAUGCUCGCGUUGGUUCUCUAUUCGCCGGUUCUGGAUGAACUGGUAGAGGGACAAUACGUGGACCAAACGGAACCGAUCAAAAUUCCGGGCUGCAAACCGGUUCGACCGGAGAACGUGUUCGACCCCAUGCUGGACCGGAACGACAGACAGUAUACAGAGUAUCUGAAAAUGGGAAAAGGGAUCCUACAAAGCGACGGCGUUUUGGUGAACACGUGGGAGGAGCUUCAACGUGAAGAGCUUGAAGCGCUGAGGGAGGGAGGUUCGUUAAGUGAAGCGCUAAAUAUGAAGAUUCCCGUGUACGCUGUGGGACCUCUCGUGAGAGAGCCCGAGUUAGUAACCAAUUCUUCAACUGAGUCGCUGGUGACGUGGCUCGACCAACAACCGACUCAGUCGGUGGUUUACGUGUCGUUUGGCAGCGGA